AAUAUUAUGAUAUCCAGGUUUUGAAUUUCUGAACGCAAAGUUCCGCCAUAUUGUCUGUACGAGUCUCUCUUGUCAAUUCUUUUACUGUGAGCACGUUUUUAAGAGAAGCUCUACAAUGCAGAUCUUCGUAAAAACCCUGACGGGUAAGACCAUCACCCUCGAGGUGGAGGCUUCAGACACUAUUGAGAAUGUAAAGGCAAAAAUCCAGGAUAAAGAGGGCAUCCCGCCAGACCAGCAACGUCUUAUCUUCGCCGGUAAACAGUUGGAAGAUGGCCGCACUCUUUCAGACUAUAACAUCCAAAAGGAAUCCACUCUUCACUUGGUGCUCAGGCUGAGAGGAGGUACUAUUGAGCCUUCUCUCCGUAUCCUGGCUAUGAAGUACAACUGUGACAAAAUGAUUUGCCGCAAGUGCUAUGCUCGCCUCCACCCUCGUGCAACCAACUGCCGUAAGACAAAGUGUGGCCACACUAACAACCUGCGCCCCAAGAAGAAGCUGAAGGAUUAAAUUCUGUUAUACAUCAAUGCAUAGCACCUGCUAUUAUAAUCUGCAAUUUUGAAAAAAAAUUAAGCUAAAUUAAUAAAAGUGUAAACUACAUAAA